AAAUACCCAUGUAGAAACAGACACACAUUCGGUCUAUACAGGCAGAGGUUGGAACAUUAAAAACAAGCUUGAUCACACACAGUUGGUCAGCAGAGCAUCCAGGAAAAGCUGCUUCCGAAUAAUACCACAUCAUGGGAAUUAAAGAGUUCAAGCCAAUCUCCAAGAUAUUCUGGGGGAUAAUUCUACUUACUUCACUCAAUUUCUGUCCAGGAAUUCAUUCUGUAGGGUACGGAGACAUCACGCAGGUAGAAACGUCCGGAGCGUCCAGCAAAACUUCGCGACAGGAUAAACUGGAAUACGACGGUGUAAGGGCAUCGCAUACAAUGGCUCAAACCGAUGCUGGGAGAAUGGAAAAAUACAAGUCCUUCAUUAACAAUGUGGCGAAAAAGCAUGUUGUUGACCCAGCUGUCAUCGCUGCCAUCAUCUCCAGAGAGUCCCGUGCCGGGAACGUCAUCUUCAACACUACCCCCCCUGGUUGGGGGGACAAUUAUAAUGGCUUUGGACUGAUGCAGGUUGAUAAGAGAUACCACGAACCGAGAGGAGCUUGGAACAGUGAGGAGCACAUUGACCAAGCCACUGGGAUCCUGGUUAAUUUCAUUAAACUGAUCCAGAAGAAGUUCCCCAGCUGGAGCACAGAACAGCAGCUGAAGGGAGGGAUCGCAGCCUACAACACUGGAGACGGUAGAGUCGAAUGUUACGAGAGUGUGGACUCACACACCACAGGAAAAGACUACUCCAAUGAUGUGGUUGCCAGAGCCCAGUGGUACAAAAAAAACGGGUUUUAGAGGAAUCCCUCUUGGGCAGCCCAAAUGUUCUGUAUUAAAUAACAAAUGAUAAUUAUCAUGUGUUAUCAUUAAAUAUGAUUGUUUAUGUUUAAUAGUCGCUAUAUAGUCCAAAAAUAUCGUUUACCUUUUUUUAAUUCACUCAAUAUCUUCAUAAAGUGCAAUUACAUUUUUUUGGCAAGAUGGCUUUUCUAAAAUAUGUAAAAAUAUCAGUAGGCAUUAUACAUUGAAGUACAAUGUGUGACUUAUAUACAAACUGAUUUCAUUCGUAUCCAAUGUGUUGUAAUUGAUAUACCAUUGUUUUAAAUAAAAAUGUAUGUGCAUCCUUC